UAUCUACACCGGAAACUCACACGACACUAACUCCCAACACUCUUUUCCUUCUCUCCACUCCUCCAUAGAUGUUCAGUCUAACUCUACAGCCCACCUCGCUGUCUCUCUCUCUCUGUCUCUCAAUGUUAGCCAGGUAUCUGUGUUCACUAUGCUCCCCACGGUAAUCUUGAAGGGGACUCUCAUCAAGAAAUCUCAACAGAAGCGAAGGACGUCGCCCUGCAAUUACAAGGAAAGAUUAUUUGUCUUGGACACCCAGGACCUGACCUAUUCUGAACAGCGCCCUGGGAAAAAGCCCAGCCAGAAAGGCUGCAUUGAGCUCUCCAGGAUCAAGUGUGUGGAGAUAGUGUGCAGUGAAGCCCCAAUCCCCUGCAGCAACAAGUACCCCUUCCAGGUUGUCCACGACAACUGUUACCUAUACAUCUUCGCCCCGGACAACGACUGUCGUCAGAGAUGGGUCCGAGCUCUGAAGGAAGAGACCAAGUGCAACGCAUUACUCCUGAAGUAUCACCCCAACUUCUGGAUGGAGGGGAGGUGGCGGUGCUGUUACCAGACAGAGAAGAUGGCUACAGGAUGUCAGGAGUACGACCCUAUGGGAUAUGAGUCCAAGAAGCCUCUCCCUCCAACCCCGGACCCACAGCGGCAGCUCUCUGACCCGGGCCAGAGGGUGGUGGUAGCGCUACAGAACUACAGUCCCCAUGAGGACACAGACCUGCCCCUUCACAAAGACCAGGAGUACAUCCUGACUGACAGCUCCCACCAUGACUGGUGGACGGUACAGGACCACAGAGGAAACUCAGGUUUUGUACCUUGCAUGUAUAUAGCGGAGAAAUCCUGCAACAACUUCAACAGAUUUGAAUGGUACAACAAAGACAUAACGAGAGGGAGAGCUGAGGAACUUCUGAUGACAGAGGGUAAGGAAGGAGCCUUCAUGGUGCGAGACUCCAGGCAUGCAGGCCUCUACACUGUGUCUGUCUUCACUAAAGCCCCAGGAUCCAACGGGCAGAAGAACCCGCGGGUGAAGCACUACCAGAUCAGACAGUCAGAGGCAGAGGAAACGUCCAAGUUCUACCUGGCAGAGAAAUACCUGUUCAUGACUAUUCCUGAGCUCAUCCAUUACCACCAACACAACGCUGCAGGUCUGAUCACGCGACUGAGGCAUCCUGUCUCUCAGGGUAGAGAGAGCUCUCAGAGCCCUGCGGAACUCUCAGAAGGUCAGUGGGAGGUGGACCCGGCAGAGCUGACUCUAGGUGAGGAAGUGGGCAGCGGUCAGUUUGGCCUGGUACUCCAGGGGCAGUGGAGAGAGCGCAGGGUAGCAGUGAAGAUGGUCAGGGAGGGAGCCAUGUCUGAGGAGGACUUCAAAGAGGAGGCCAGGGUCAUGACGAUGCUGUCCCACUGUAAACUGGUGCAGCUGUAUGGUGUGUGUACCCAGCAUUCUCCCAUGUGUCUGGUGUUUGAGUUGAUGGAGCAGGGCUGCCUGUCAGACUACCUCCGAGCCAGGAGGGGGAGUAUGUCCCAGGACAGCCUACUGGGGAUGUGUCUGGACGUCAGUGAAGGGAUGGCAUACCUGGAGAGCAACAACUUCAUCCACAGAGACCUGGCAGCCAGAAACUGUCUGGUUUCCUGCAACAACGUGGUGAAGGUGUCUGAUUUUGGAAUGACCAGGUUUGUUCUAGAUGACCAGUACACCAGCUCUCAGGGCUCCAAGUUCCCCAUCAAGUGGUCUUCUCCUGAGGUCAUCAAGUACUGCAAGUUCAGCAGCAAGUCUGAUGUCUGGUCCUUUGGUGUGUUUAUGUGGGAGGUGUAUACGGAGGGCCGUCUGCCCUAUGACAACCGGUCUAAUCUUGAGGUGGUGGAGGCCCUGAAUGCAGGCCUGAGGCUGCUUAAACCCAGGCAGGCCCCAGAGGCUGUGCACCUCCUCAUGGAGUGGUGCUGGAAGGAGAAACCAGACGACCGUCCAUCUUUUGCUCUCCUGCUGCACGAGCUGGCCUUGCUCUCAGACCUCUGAGCCUGAACAAACAAGCUAUUCAACCAAACCUGGUGUGCUAACCAGCUAUCCGGGGUAAAUCAUGCCAGAAUAAUUUUGCUCAACCAAACUGAAGAUACUGUACGAAAUAUACUUAGCUAGCUGUGUUUCUUAUUUAUUAAUUUCCUUCAAGUUUCUAUUUAUUUUGUAGCAAAUCAUAUUUUUAUUAAAUUUAGAAAUCUA